UCUAUUUCAACUCCUCUAAAACCUACUGGUGGGCGUUCUCCCAAUUUUCAAUGACGGCCGCUGUCCAAACCUCGAAUCUCAACAACGUUAAACCUACAAUAAUUGCUAAUGAUGCAACCCAGAAAUCAGAACCACUAAAGGAUGAAGAAUUAAGGAAACUUUUGCUGCCAAAGUUAGAAGAUCUCCCUUUUACCCCUCCAUCUGCUCUUCAAUCCAACUUCGUCACCUAUUUUGCUCCUGAUUUUAUGAAAGCUGGGCACGAUCAGUAUGUUCAUCGUCAUGCCAAUGGGUUGUGCAUAGUUGGGUUGGCUCGAACUCACAUUGCUUUUAAGGAUGAAGGAGGAGUUACUUCGGUUGAUUUCAAUGUGGGUAAGUCUGAUCGGAGUGGACUCAAGGUCACUGGAAAACGCAAAAAGAAUGCCCAACAUUUUGAGUCUAACACAGCAUUAUGUAAAGCCUGCACGAAUGAUGCUUCUUAUAUUGUGAGGUGUUGUGUUAAAGGCUCUCUGUUAGAAGUCAAUGAUAGGUUGAUUAAGCAACCAGAGUUGUUGAACUCAUUGGCAGACAGGGAAGGAUACAUUGCAAUUAUAAUGCCAAAGCCCGCAGAUUGGGUCAAGGCCAAGGCCACUUUGCUAGGCAUUGAAGAGUAUAGAGAGUUGAGAAAGGAUAUGUUGCAAUUGUGAACGAGCAAGGUGGGAGAUCAGCUCAUUGAAGGCAGCAUUUGCGGGAAUUGGUGAGCUAUCUUAGGCGACUACGGUGCCUUUCCGACAUCCUUUGGUAAGUUUUGGAAUCUACAAACUUUUAUACUUAAUACAAAGUUGUCUACCAUUGAAAUAAAAGUAGAAAUAUGGAACAUGCUACGGUUGAGGCAUCCGCACACCAAUGUCGCUGCAAAAUUAUUGUUCCCUGCCUACUCAAACAGGUGAAUAUUCUUGCCUACAAACUCUUUCUAUAGUUGCACCGGAAGCCGCAGAAAGUAUGUGCUUGCAAGGGCUUUUAGUCUUAAUAAAGUGAGUAUUCAAGGGAAAAUGGCUGUUUUUUUAAAACUAACAAGGGUGGGUUCAACCGUUCCAAGCACUUUUUAACUUUUCUUAGUCGCAGAAACCACCAUUGUUAGUUUAAAAACAAUCAUCCAUUUUCCCUUGAAUACUCACUUUUCUAAGAUUACAAGCCCUUGCAAGCACAUCCUUCACAACUAUAGAAAGAGUUUGUAGGCGAGAAGGUUCACCGGUUCUAAGUAGCAGGGGACGACAAUUUUGCAGGGACAUUUGUGUGCAGAUGCCUCAACCGUAGCAUGUUGAUAUUUCUUCUUUUAUUUCAAUGGUAGACGACUUUGUAUUAAGUAUAAGAUUUUGUAAAUUCCAGAACUUACCAAAGGACAUCGGAAGGGCACUGUAGUCACCUGAGAUAGCAAUGAUUCUCUUUCUCUAAGAGUAAGAUCUGCUUCUGUGUUUGGCAUACAGAAGAACGUUGGAGGCACAACGUCAUCGCUUCAAAAUUUGCAUCUUCUCUUAGUUUAACUUAAUUAACCUUCUUAUUAGUACCUUUUUGGUGUAAUAUUUGGAUACAGAGGAACAUCAUCAAAGUUGGAGGCUCGACGUCCUCGCUUCAAAAUUACAUAUUCUCCUAGUUGGAACUUAA